AUGUUUCAGGCUAGAAACCAAUAAAGUAACUGGAAGCUUAAAAAUAAGGAUGAAGCAACUUUUUAUGAGGCUAAAGUUUAUGAUGAGCAAGUAUAGAAAGUUAUGUUUUUAGAUUAUGACUAUCCAUAACCAGAAUUGAUGCCGUUCUUGUAUUUCUAUAAGUUUUUGGGUAGAAAACCAGAGUUUUGCAAAAAGGAUCUGACUAAAUAUUAGAAAUUGGAGCUUUGGAUUCCAGAUACGAUUGUUUUCAAUGAUAGUGACUCACCCUAUUGGAUCUUUACCAAUCAUGAGGGUGUUGUAUGUAGAACUGAAAACUUCAAUGAAAGGCAUGUAGUGAGUAAACUAGGCAAUCAAUACUCAAUUGAUGAACUAGUAGUUUAUAAUUCAGAUAAGGGCUUGGUAGGUAAUAAAUGCCAACUGAUGAGCACGAGAGAUUUAGCUUAGAAAAUGUCAUCAACUAAUUCUGGAAACAGUGAAAUAUUUGUGAUAUAAAAGUUUGUGAAAAGUAAGGGUCCAAACUCUUUCAUUGUAAGAGCGUAUUACAGAAAAUCCAAACCACCUCAGUGUUAUGUCAUUACCAAUAAAACUUCAUUCUUUGAUUCUAACUCAGCACUUGAUGAGCACGAGAAAUAUAUAACUAAUGUUAAGAAAUCAUUAUCUUGUAGCAUUGUUCAUUCAAAAGGUGGAAAAGUUAGUGAAGAGGCCUGUGGAUAGGUGGAAAAAAUUGCCAAAUUCUUUGAAAAAUAUACUGGCAUUUUUAUAGAGGAGAUGGUCUGUGAUUUCAUUAAGGAUGAGAGCGGUUUAUGGUGGUUUGUUGGCUGCAGAGGUUUUAAAACAAAUGGAAAUAAUGGUAAGCCAAGUCUUCGUUAUUUCACUCUGGAAACUCACAUUAUGAGUGAUGAAUCUGAUGAUGAGAAGAAAAAGGUGAAAGUUAAGGAUGAUUCGAAGGGCAAAAGUGAUUAUACAAAAUUAAGAAUGUGCAGGUUUUGCUAGAUUGGCUAUCCGAUUAAUGAUUUAACUCAUUAAAUGACAUUAUUGAUGAUUCUAAAGACAGAAAAGCAUAUAAAAGAGCAGCAACUCGGGAGUGAUUAUGAAUGGCUGAAUCAUGGUGAUCCAAUUUACUACGAUCAAGUAUCGCUCUACUAGCCUCAUAAGGUGUGCAAAACCUGUUUUACUCUUUUCAAAGAGGUUGAAGAAUUAAGGAAUGUUGAGCGAAAAUUCGCCAAGGCACUAGGAAUACCCAUUGAUAACGGAGGUUCUGGAGAGCAAAAAGAGAAGACUAAUUCUACCACAAGGAAGAAUGAAGAAGAGUAAAAUGAUGAAGAAUAAGAUCCACUAGAUCUUUUGAAUAAGAAGAAAGAUCAAGACAUAGAAGCUUUAACUAUCAAAGAACUAUAUCGUUUUAGAAUUAUGCUAGUGUUUCAUGGUAACUUAGAUUUUCUCAUUUUUUUAGAAAUCAGUGAUUUUGAUUUCAAUAUUCCAAAUAUGAAAAAGAACAGUCUCUCCCUAGAGUAUAGUAUUUUAAAUGUAACCAAGACCUAUCGCUUGCAUUAUAAUCCUUCAGGUAGCAAUGCCAAUAAUACUGGCUCUUUUUCUUUAAUCAAUCCCUCUUGCAAAAUAAACCUAAAUAAGAUCAGGCUUUAUUACUUCUUUACUAAGGAUAAAGAAGCAUUUAUGAAAUUCAUCAAAGAAGAAAAAGUAAAAAUUAGACUACUCUAUGAAAACCAAAUGGAAUUGGCAACUGCUUAGUACUCGCUAAAGGAGUUCAGAUCUCCUUAUGUUACUAAAAUAGGCUUAAAUAGUAUGCUGUGUGGGAAAAAUAAUCAGAGCUGCUAUCUCAAGUUUUAUAUUGGGAUGGUUGGAACUGAUAAUUAAGUUGACGUUAGAGAACUUAAGAUAAGCAGAUUUAGAGAUAAUUUAUAUCUACCUCCUGAUAAUUACUAUGCAUGUGAAGUGCUUCCUGAGGACUGGAUUGAUAUAAUACCCUCUUAAAGAAAUACUCCUUCAAGAAAUAUGACCUCCACUCACAUGAUCUGGAGAGAGAUGUCAAUGAAGAGCUCAGAUGUGCAUAACGGUAGUCCAUAGCACAAGGAUUCAGGAUAACCAUUAGAACCAAGAAAUACAUUAUUCAAAUAAUAUCAAUAAAAAAUUGAGUAAAUUGAAGAACCAGGGUUAGCUUAAAGAGACAAUUCUACACAGCCUAGAUAGCCAUCUUAAAAAAAGAAGAAAAUAAGUAAGACUCUAAGAUAAAGCUAAACAGCAGCAAAUUUACCAUCCUCAAUCAAGCAUAACAACCAGCAAGUUCAAAUUCAGGAUAUUAGAGUAAGAUAACCGAAGGAAGCUUAAAUAAAAAAUAUAAUAAAGAAUCAAAGCUCUGCUACACUUCUAAAUUUCAAAACUUCUGAAAUGAAAAAGAAGAAAAGGCCAGAGACAUCCUUAGGAAGAAUGCAGAAAUCAGAAUCUCAGAUUGAUAUUUUGCUCAACAGCAAAUUAAAGGCUAAAUUUGAUCAGAUAUCUGAAUUAGCAGAGUAAAUUGAGCAUGGUAGAAACUAUUCUCAAUCAAAUCAGCUCAGAAAUUUCAUUUAAUCUGACUAUAAUGACUCAAUGACUCAGACACUACACACAUUAGGGUCACCAUAGACUUCACCUAUCAUUUUUACCUUCAAAUUUACUCUAUAAAAUCUAUUUUAUGAUUCAGAUUUUUUCAGAUACCUUGCAAAGCAUUCCAAUUAACAGCAAGUUUAUUGGGUAGCUUAAUUAGAGAUUUUCAACUAGAAAUUCGUUAGCGAUUCUUACUCCUCUAUUUUCGCUUCUGAACAUUCGAAUGAUCCAACUGAGGCUUAACUUAUAAUGAAUUUCAGAUAAACUUUACAUCUAUAGGAGACUAAGGAAAAUAUACAAACAAUUUUGAUCAAUAACUUUAUGAUAAUCAGACUGAUUGCCACCAUUACUGAUGCGAGUGGAUAGGAUUUGAAUCAAGACUACACUGCACAGUUUAAUCUAGGUUACUUGCUCUCGAAUAGCUAAAUAUCCACCUAAUUAAUACUUGUGCCUAAUGAAACAGCCAAUGGAUUGUAGUAGAAAUUUGCAAGAUUGCAAGUUUAAUUUUCAAUUGAAGAAGAUGAUUUUAGUAUCCUUAGAGGCAAAAAGACCAUGAGAUAAAUGAUUAAUAAUUCUACUACCAUGAUAAGUAGCAGUAACUAUGCCUAUCAAUUAGAUGAUACUUCAAGCAACAGAGGAAAUCAAAUUUAUAUGCAAAAUCAGACAAUGAAACCAUUUGAAUUAAUUAUACCUUUUUGA